ACAUUCGUAUUCUUCGUCGCCUCCGUUUAAGCUGUACUCUCCUCGACCCAUCCCGAGUGCCCCCUUUGCCCUUAGAACAGCCAUAUUCCACGAACAAUGACUUCGAAGGAGGACAUUGAAGUUACCCAUGAAGAUCAGAAACGAAUUAAUAGUUUCGCUACCUGGAAUUUGAAGUCGAAAGAUUUCGCUGCUGAAUACGAGCAGAAAAAGAAAGACCUCGCGAACCUGGAUGAUGCCGAGGAUGAACUCAUUGUCUGUGAUUCUGAUUACCAUCCUUAUCUGGUCGGCGAGACCUUCUUCCACUUACCCACGGAUGAGGUGAACGAGCACAUCACCGCUGCAAAACAUACCACCAAGGUCCGGAUGCUUGAGCUGGAAGAGUCCAUAGCAGAGAGUAAGGCACAAAUGCAUGCCUUGAAAAAGGAUCUAUACGCAAAGUUUGGAAACCAUAUCAAUUUGGAAGAAGACUGACCAAUGCAGUUAUGUAUUGCUG